CCGCUCCGAGCUCCAGAAACAAUUGAAAAACCCUCCGAAACCCUCCGUCCUCCACUCCAUUCUUCUCCCAUCUUCUUCAACUACGAACUGUUACUGUUCAAAGGCCGCCCCCUUCUCCUCUCUUCUUUUUUCAAUCAUGGCGGAAGGAACAGCAACCGAGGCGGCUGUAAACAAUCCAGAGCCAGUCGUCUCAGCUGGCGUAGACAUGGAGGUCAUGGAGAUUUCUGAAGCGGCAGAAGGAGGGAAGCGAGCCAGGGAGGAGCAGGAAGGUGCGAACGGCGAUGCCACCAAGAAGCAGAAGGUGGAGGAGUCCGCAGAUGGAGCAAAUGACGGAGCCGGAGAAGGGGAAGAAAAAGUUGGGGGAGAGUCUUCUGUGGAAGUGGUUGUCAGCUUGGGUCCGAAGAAGUUCGGGACAUCUACUCAGAUGUUUGAUUACUUCUUCAAGUUGCUUCACGCAUGGCCAAGUAAAUUGGAUUUGAACAAGUAUGAGCAUUUGGUUUUGGUGGAUUUGCUGAAGAAGGGCCAUCAAGAGUCGGAGGAAAAGAUUGGUUCUGGGGUCCGAUCUUUUCAAAUUCGUGAUCACCCGAUGUGGAAGAGUCAGUGCUUCUUCCUCGUUAGGGAAGAUGGUUCUGUGGAGGAUUUCAGCUUCAGGAAGUGUGUUGACAACAUUCUUCCUUUGCCGGAGGAAUUGAAAGGACAUGGUGGUGGUAAUGGUGGUAAAGGUCACGGAGGCAGAGGUGGUGGUGGAGGAAGAGGUGGACGUGGUCGAGGCCGCGGGCGUGGGAGGAAGUGGUAAAUCAAGAACCAGCAAAACUUAAAUCGUCUUCUCUGAUUUACCUUGGUUUGAAGGCUUCAGUUAUACUUUUCCCCCCCUCGUUGCAGAGCUGGUCAGGUAGUUUGUUUUGGUACUAACAGCAGCAUUUUGGAAGCUCUUCCAUAUAUAUAUAUCUAGAGAAACAUUAUAUGCUAUUUGCGAACGUUGUGUUAGCUUGAAGUUGAUAUUCAUUAAAGGUUGUUGCUGGUUUUCAUGUCUAUUCGACGGUGGUCUUGUUUGAAACUGCAUUGCUAUGUAUGUUUCUACUAUUUACUGUUAGUAGCGAGCAGUUGGUCCUAAAAAGUUAAGUCUAGCAAGUUUGUUUCGUAGGG